CAAAGUCCCCACCACCCACCCUCUCCAACAAUGCAAUGAACCGCACCUCACCCCCGCCCUCGCGCCCGCGCCCACACCCCCAAUCCCAGCCCUCGCACCACCUCCCCCGCCCGCGCCCAGAACCCACGCGCUCCUCCUCAUCCAUCCGGCCGUCGCUGCGCCGCCGCACCACAACCUUCUCCUCGCACUCCUCCGACGACGACCCCGAAGCCGCAAACACCACACACACCGACCAUGUGAUUGUGGAGGAAAUCGCGUCGAUAAAGCGAUACGAGGACUUCACGACGAUCGACUGGGUGCAGGACGCCGCGCGGGAGCAACUGCGGCGCAAGGCGCGGCGGAAAGAGCGCGCACAUCUCCCGUCGUCGUCGACAGCGACGACUGGGCGUGUGUUCCUCGGUCGUGGGCGCGGCAGGUGGCGCCGCAAGAUCGCUGAGGCGUAUGAUGCUGGCCAGGCGUGGAUUGUAGUCACGCUUGUUGGGGCGGCGAUUGGACUGAAUGCCGCGUUUUUGAAUAUCGUCACCGAGUGGUUGAGCGAUGUUAAGCUGGGGUACUGCACGACUGCGUUUUACCUCAAUGAGAGUUUUUGCUGCUGGGGCGCUGAGGGCGGGUGUGAGGAGUGGAGACGCUGGAGUGGGUUCGCGCCCGUGAACUACGUGCUUUAUGCGUGUUUCGCCGCGCUGUUUGCGUUGAUUGCUGCAAGGCUGGUGAAGAGCUUUGCGCCGUAUGCGGCGGGGAGUGGGAUCAGCGAGAUGAAGUGCAUUAUUGCGGGGUUUGUUAUGAAGGGGUUUUUGGGGUCGACGACCUUGUUCAUCAAGAGUAUUGGGCUGCCGUUGGCGAUUGCGAGUGGAUUGAGCGUCGGCAAGGAGGGGCCUAGUGUGCAUUAUGCGGUCUGUACGGGGAAUGUUAUUAGUCGGUUCUUCGACAAGUAUCGCCGUAAUGCGGGCAAGACGAGGGAGAUUCUGAGCGCGAGUGCGGCUGCUGGGGUGGCUGUGGCGUUUGGAAGUCCGAUUGGGGGCGUGCUGUUCAGUCUGGAGGAGAUGAGCAAUUAUUUCCCGCUCAAGACGCUGUGGAGGAGUUAUUUCUGCGCUUUGGUUGCUACGGCUGUUCUUGCGGCCAUGAACCCCUUCCGCACCGGCCAGCUCGUCAUGUUCGAGGUCAAAUAUGACCGCUCGUGGCACUUCUUCGAGGUGCUAUUUUACCUUGUUAUUGGCGUAUUCGGCGGCCUUUAUGGCGCGUUUGUCAUAAAAUGGAACCUCAAGAUGCAGCUCUUCCGCAAGAAGUACCUAGCUCAGUAUCCCAUCACGGAAGCGGUAGUUCUGGCCGUCGUCACGGCGCUCAUCUGCUAUCCGAACAUGUUCCUCCGCAUCGACAUGACGGAGAGUAUGGAGAUCUUGUUCCAGGAGUGUGAGGGUGGGAAGGGGUAUGACAAGCUGUGCGAUCCUAAUCUCCGCUGGCAUAUGAUCUUCACCCUCCUUAUUGCAGCAAUCAUCCGCACCCUCCUCGUCAUCAUCUCCUUUGGCUGCAAAGUGCCCGCGGGCAUCUUCGUCCCCUCCAUGGCUAUUGGCGCCGCCUUCGGCCGCAUGCUAGGAAUCCUCGUCCAGUACAUCCACGAAUCCUUCCCCAGCAGCGCAUUCUUCUCCGCCUGCGAGCCCGACGGACCAUGUAUAACGCCCGGCACAUAUGCGUUCCUCGGCGCGGCCGCAGCACUCAGCGGUAUCAUGCACAUCACCGUCUCAGUCGUAGUAAUCAUGUUCGAAAUCACCGGCGCACUAACAUACAUCCUUCCCACCAUGAUCGUAGUCGGCGUCACCAAAGCAGUAAGCGAGCGCUUCUCCCACGGCGGCAUCGCAGACCGCAUGAUCUACCUAAACGGCUACCCCUUCCUGGACAGUAAAUCCGACCCCAUCUUCGACGUCCCCGUCUCAACCGUCAUGUCCACGCGGCCCGUCUGCCUGCCCACCAGCGGCCUCCAACUCCGACACCUCGACGCCCUGCUCGCAGAAAACACAUACCAGGGGUACCCCAUCGUCGAAGACACCGCCUCGAAAACACUCCUCGGAUACAUCGGCCGCACCGAACUGCAGUACGCGCUGUCCAAGGCGAAACAUAGCGCUAGAACCACGGCUGUCGUCUUCUCUUCCUCGUCUUCGGUGGAGGGGGUAGAUGCGCUGGAUUUCUCGCGCUACGUCGACCUCACGCCACUUACUGUGCAUCCCCGCCUCCCGCUUGAAACGGUUAUGGAGGUGUUUAAGAAAAUGGGGCCGCGUGUUGUGCUGACGGAGUAUCGUGGAAGGCUGACGGGGCUUGUGACGGUGAAGGAUUGCCUUAAGUAUCAGAUUAGGGUUGAGGCGCUGGAGCAUGGGGGUGCGAGUGAGGAGGAGGGUAUGGAGAGGGUGUGGGGGGUUGUUAGGGGGUUGGUGGGGAGGGUUGGAAGGGGGAGGGUGAGGUUGGAUAGUCCGCGGGUGCGGAGGGAUGGGGAGGGAGGGGGAGAGGGAGGUGGAGAUGCGGAGGGAGAGGAGAGGCGGGGGGGGAAUUGGGGGCGGGGAGUGGAGUUGGAAGAUCGACGUUUUGGUGGUAGUGGGAGUGGUAGUGCAGCGAGAUAGUCCGAAUCGCAAUUUUCUUGACCAUGGAAAUCGAACACGGAUUAGAUCGGUGGAAUGUAAUGUAAUGUGAUGUACCAGCCGAAGCCCUAACACCCCCGCCCGUGGCCUGUGAUAUCUCCCAGACGCCAACUAUGCGCAACGCAACGCAACGCAAUGCAGAUAUACCAUGAGAUCAACACCUUUCCCCCAUACCCCUACGCAACCAACCCUCAUUUCCCAUUAAUCGCCGUAAACCCGCCCGACCUCCUCAUCCGCGGACUCCCGCUCGGCCGCAGCGAAAUCUCCAUCUCAAUCUGCAGCGCGGCUUCGUCUUUUUCGGGCUCAGGCUCGGGCUCGGGUUCGCUGUCUUGUACACGCUGCAGC